GAAGGUCGUCCCAGCCCCUGGGUUCCGAGGGUCCCGGGCUCUGCGUCUGUCCCCGGGGAAUGUGGAGAGCUGGCAGCAUGUCCGCAGAGCUGGGAGUCGGGUUCGCAUUGCGGGCAGUGAACGAGCGCGUGCAGCAGGCUGUGGCGAGGCGGCCGAGGGAUCUCCCAGCCAUCCAGCCCCGGCUAGUAGCAGUCAGCAAAACCAAACCAGCAGAUAUGGUGAUUGAGGCCUAUGGUCACGGCCAGCGCACUUUUGGAGAGAACUAUGUUCAGGAACUUCUAGAAAAAGCAUCAAAUCCUAAAAUUCUGUCUUCAUGUCCUGAGAUCAAAUGGCAUUUCAUUGGCCACCUACAGAAACAAAACGUCAACAAAUUGAUGGCUGUUCCCAACCUCUUCAUGCUGGAAACAGUGGAUUCUAUGAAGUUAGCAGACAAAGUGAACAGUUCCUGGCAGAAGAAAGGUUCUGCUGAAAGGCUGAAGGUUAUGGUCCAGAUUAACACCAGUGGAGAGGAGAGUAAACAUGGCCUUCCACCUUCAGAGACAAUACCCAUGGUGGAACACAUAAAUACCAAGUGUCCCAGCCUGGAAUUCGUGGGACUGAUGACCAUAGGAAGCUUUGGGCAUGAUCUUAGCCAAGGACCAAACCCCGACUUCCAGGUGUUACUGUCCCUGCGGGAGGAGCUGUGUAGAAAGCUGAGCAUCCCCGCUGACCAAGUUGAGCUGAGCAUGGGCAUGUCCAUGGACUUCCAGCAUGCAAUUGAAGUAGGCUCUACAAACGUCCGGAUAGGAAGCACCAUUUUUGGAGCACGGGAUUUCUCAAAGAAACCUGCCCUGGAUAAGAGUACAACAGACCUGAAGGCCCCAGUGGGGGUGGCACAGGAACACUGAGCUGAGGACAACCAAGAAGACUAACUAUGCACAAACCCUGAUUCUCAUUUUUAUAUUGCCCAUGUUACAGCCCAAUCAUGCUCUCUUGUGACCUUGAUAGAGCACUGAUGAUCACAUGUGUUGAUGGAAACCAUCUCACAUAGAAAGCUUGCUUCAGGCAGUGGCUUUGGAUUAAAUUUGAGAAAUCCAGUCUCUUCUACAGAGCAAACAUCAAAUCAGUAGCCAGGAAGUGAGUUUAAUGUUGAGUUCUGCGGACAAGCACCAACCAAUCUGUAAAUCUCUUUUUCAAGUUAAAAUUUGAGUCACUGAGCCAAAGGUAGUGGCAUACACCUAUAAUCCCAGGGGGAGGCUGAAAGAGGAGUAACGUAAGUUGGAGGCCAGACUGCGUAACUUAGGCCCUUAGCAAGUCUCAAAAUAAAAAGGGCUGGAUGAGCUUAGUGGAAAAGCACUUGCCUCGCAUGUGUGAGAAUCUGGAUUCAAUCCCCAGUACUGGGGAAAAAAAAAAAAAGGAGUCAUGAAUUUCUAUAAUUAUGGAAGUCAGAGGCAUUUCCCACCCUCCUCCCACUUUAAUAGGAAAUUCCUAUGAUUACAGACUUCUUACAAGUUCCUACUUAAUGGUCACCUUUGCUGCUCAGUAGAUAGGGAAGGUAUUCUCUGCUCAGGAAUGGCAAUAUAAGUAACAUAAACAGUGGUUUAAAUUAAGGCUCCAAACACAAAUUUUUGCUAGGGAGAGUUUGUGUGAUUGACCACUGUGAUACUAACCCUGAAAUUACAGGGGUUAAUUGAUUGUAAAUAGGACCUGGGUCUUUCUGAGGUCCUUGUGAACAGACCGGAUUUUGAGCUUUUACCUCUAGGACCUACAGUGAUGGAAUUUAAUACAAUUUCUCCUCCACCAUAAUCCUCUUUUUUUUUUUUUUUUAAUUUAUUUAUUUUUAGUUCUCGGCGGACACAACAUCUUUGUUGGUAUGUGGUGCUGAGUAUCGAACCCGGGCCGCACGCAUGCCAGGCGAGCGCGCUACCGCUUGAGCCACAUCCCCAGCCCCCACCAUAAUCCUCUUUCGGGUGAUUUUCUAGCCAAAAAAAUUGAAUUUCACCACUCCUCAAAAAUGAAAGUUCUAUCCAGGCAUGGUGGUGCACACCUAUAUUCCCAGCCAUUUGGGAGGCUGAGGCAGGAGGAACCCAAGUUUGAGGCCCACCUGGGCAAUUAGUGAGACUAUGUCUCAAAAUAAAAAAGGGCUAGAGGUAUAGCUCAAUGGUAGAGCACUUCCCUGGCGCACACGAAUUCCUGGAUUCUAUCCCCAGUACUGGGGGGAGAAAAAGAAAAAAAUUGAAGUCAUUAAAGCCAGUUCAGACACAUGGUUUCAACAAGGCUUUCCUUUGACGUUCCCUUUCUGAGGAAGCGUUUUCUACGCACAUUUACAGCUCCCCGCUGUAUUUAUAAGCCAGAAUUUUGAAGCUCUUCUUGAUUGUUAAUAAAGCAUUGAUAUCUUCAAAAACCAGAAAGCACAAUUCUCUAACAGUCAUGACAGAUGGCUUCAACGUGGGUUGUUUAUUUUUUAGAUAGCUUUUUCUCUUAUUUGUUCAAGCCCUCGUCUUUAAUUUUAUGAAAUAACUUUGAGAACAUGAUGCUGCUGCUGAAUGUAAUUUUGUAACACACCAUUAUGAUUCCUGUACUGUUUCAAUCAAAGCUACAGUGUGAUAUUUCAGAGUGUUAAAUAAAAUGUGAGUUUGAAUUAUACCAUCUGUGCCAAUUACAAAGCAAUUAAAAGAUUUCUUUUUUAUGA